AUGGUCGCUUGUCUGCUCCUCUCCAGCAUCUGGACCAUCGUGUCAGGUUCUGUACAGGUGAUGCACAGCAAGGUCCAGUCGGUCCAGGCAGGAGAAAAUAUUACUUUUUCAUGCCAGUUGGUCACAAAAGAAGAUGUGCUACAGGUGACUUGGCAGAAGGAGACGGAUGGAGCUGAAGACAACAUAGCGACUUACAGUACAAUGAACGGCCAAAAGAUAGCGAAGGACUACGUCAGCCAUGUGAGCUUUGUCCACAGUGAGUUACAAGCCUCGGCCAUCUCUCUUCGUAGAGUCACCCUCCAAGAUGAAGGAUGCUACAAGUGCAUUUUCAACACGUUUCCCUUGGGGGCUGUCACCGGCAGGAUGUGUCUCAAGGUUUAUGCCAUCUCAGACCCCAAAGUGGAGGCUAAACUUAUACCCAGUCCCGACAAAGCUGAGGACUCUGAGAAAGUGGUGGGGAUAAGCUGCUCAGCAACAGGGAAGCCCGCUCCAAAAAUCACCUGGCACCUUCCAAGCAUCUUGCAACAGAAACCAAGGGAAUACCACAUCAGGCUCAGCAACCAGACCGUGACUGUCAUCAGCAAUUUCACCCACACCCACUCCAAAAUCCUCCAGGAGUACCCCAUUUCCUGCAUGAUCCAACACCCCUCUCUAAACAUGACCCUGGUCCUGCCCAUGGACAGCCUGGCGCAGGGUCCAGACAGCAGUGUGGCACCGGCCAUUGCCAUUGCGGUGGGGGUGCUGGUCCCCUUGACUUCCUUCCUUCUCGCCUGUCUCCUCUGCCGCUGCCUCAGGCACCUACGUGACCUGGAGAGGAACCCAGCCUGGCCAUGCUGGGUCCUUCCCGCCUGUACCAGGGCCAAGAAGUGUGGGCAGUACAGCAUUGCGGGCAGGCGGGCUCCGGCAGUGUCCCCCAGCCCUGCUGUGAUGCUGAACACCUGA